AUGCUGGCGACGAUAAUUGGAAACUUGAUUGUUAUACUCAGUGUGUAUCGGAAACCUGCUUUAGCAAAAAUUCCAAAUUAUAUCUUCAUAUCAUCCUUAGCACUCUUUGAUUUCUUAACUGGUUUGAUUGGAGUUCCUCUCUGUAUGGUCGCUUUUAUUCUUCGUAGAAAGUUCUCUUAUACAGAAGACUGUGGCAUUUGGUAUUUUGUGCCCGCCAGAAUAUUUGUCGUAAUCUCAGUGCUGCAUCUAAUUGUGAUCACUAUUGAUCGAGUACUUGCGAUUAAAUACCCUCUUCGAUAUAUUAGGUGGAUGCCAGUUGAAAGAGCAAUUCGAAUUUGUAUUUGUGUCAGUUUAUUUGGUGUUUUUCUCGGAGGAAUUCCAUUUGCAGUAGCUGCCGUUGCAAGCAUGUUUGUGCCACCACCUAACGCGACGUAUGAAUACGAAUGCGGGAGUUCGGCGUUGUAUGAUAUGUAUGGCAACCCUAUGUACCAUUACCUCAAGCCGAUAGCUGGCUUGACGAUUCCUAUUAUGUUUAUUCUGUACGCAUAUAUAUUCUCAAUUGCGUCAAAAAAGGCGAAAGAGGUUGCCACACGUCACGGAAAGCAAAUAACCAGACGAGAAAUGAAAGUUACCAAGACAACAGCCAUAAUACUUCUGGUUUACACUCUGUGUGUUGCACCAACUGUUUUAAAAAGCAUUGUCCACAAAGCUAUUGAUAAUGGUUCCACCUGGCUUGUGUGGUACUUGUGGUUAGCAGAUUUUCUUGGACUCGCUAGCUCAAUGAUGAAUCCUUUAAUAUAUGCGGGAAGAAGUAAAAUUAUGAGAAAAGAAUUCAAAGAAACCAUUACUUCAUUGUUUUAA